AUGCCCUCAAAGCGGAAGCCUACAGGGUUCCUCGAUCUUCCAGUGGAACUACGUCACAUGAUCUAUCGCCCCUGUCUCCUUCGGGGAUAUACUAUCGACCUAAUCCCCCGGCCGAUUGACAAUACCAGCCAGUCAAAUACCAGGAAUGAUAGGAAGAAGAGUCUGCUACCAGUCUCGAAACAAAUCAGCGAAGAGUCCAUGGGCAUUAAAUACGGCGAGAAUGUUUUUAGGCUUUUGUUGCCUGGCUGCGACAACUACUACUAUUUACAGAAUGGCCGUCAGGUCAGCUUCCACGACACAAUCUCGCCAAACAACGUCGGCCACAUCCGAAAGCUCAGUCUCAUCCUCGACCCCUUCAACCUGGCGCAUCUCACAGAGCGGGAAACUGGCUUCUGCACCCAAGUCUUUCCGCAGCUGAACAGACUCGUCGUCGUCACCUACCGCUCUCGCGAACGGAGCGAGCAUCCCUGGCCAAAAGUAAACUCAAGGGAGAGCUAUGUAGCAGCGUGGGAGGGCUGGUGCGGCCCCAUCCUCGAGUUCGUCUCCCAACAGGUCCGAGACACGCUCGUGGUUGAGGUAGAUACCGACAACCGGACAGAAACAAUACGUUGA